AUGGCGUCGGCCACGACACGGAAGUGCCCGGGAGCAAAAGGGAGCAGUGUGCCCACUACUAAGAUGGCCGCCGGCUCCUCACGUGAAAGCGUGACCUGCUCCGAGAUGGCACCUGCGCUCACACUCUAUGGGCUUUUCUUAUCUCUAUGGGUGAAUCCAAGAUGGCCGCGGAACCUCACCCGACGCAAACAUGGCGGCAACCGCCUUCACGCUGCCCUUUGCCAUGAUGGCCGACCCGUCGCCUUGGAAACGGCUGUACCAGCUGUCUUAGGGCCUAAGAAGCUUUGUGUAAGUUUUUAUGUUGUGUUAAAUGUAAUGUUUCUCUAUGUGUUUUUGUCUGUAUGUUAUAAGAGGAAACUAAUAAACUUUUUUUUUGGGGGGGGGGAGAAGCUUUGUGUAAGGGCAGCGCCCGCCACAAAGAUGGCGGAUUCGGCUACAAAAGCCACAUUGGUUUAUUAUGCUUUUCAAAAGUCUCGUUUUUUGUUUGUUUUUUAAUGGCAAACCCGAGACCACAGGAAAAAGAAAACAAAAAAGACGACAGGGCGAAAGCAAGGAAGGUUUGGGGCUCCAACGGAAAACAGCCCCCAGCACUGGCAAUACUAACAGACUUGUUGCAGCUGGACCCAAAUGGGUCUUACUUCUGAGUAGUCGCGCACAGGGAUUGCAUUGCAAGGCUGCAACCUUCAAUGCACUUUUGGUUGCAAUCUUAGGAAAAGCUUAUGAAGUUUAGCUAAUUGGUCUUUAAAAAAAAGUAUUUCCCCCACCCAAGCAUCUAAAUUUAUGAAGGGGUGGGAAAAGGUCUGAAAGACCAGUUUAAUUUCAGGGGCUUUUUCCUCCAUCACAUCCCUGCAAACUUCAGCACAUUUGCGAGAAUAAUAAAACAACGAACAAAGUUCAAAUCUCAAAUUAUCCUGAUUUGCGAACUGAAACCACAUACACAUCUCCAUUCGCCACAAUCCUUAAUAAUAAUAAUAAUGGUGAUGGUGAUUGUUGUUUUAUUUGUACCCCUCCCAUCUGAUUGAGUUGCCCCAGGUACUUUGGGCGGCUUCCAACAUAUAUAAAAACAUAAUUAAAAAGCUUCCCUAUACAUAUUUACUGAAACAGGCAGUUACCCAGGUUAGUGGAUCUUGCUCCAUUACAGAUCCACCAAAUAAAUAAGUGACGCAGUAGGUUUCUGCCUCCCACCAAAUCCGCCUCCUCAUUCUGGCUAAUAAUAACAGUUUUAAUAAUAAUUUGAUUAUUUCUAUGCCGCUUGUCUGCCUGGGUUGGCCCAGUGGGAUGUCCAGUCUUGCUCAUGUAUUUGAAUUGCUGACCAGUUAGCAGCUUCCCACAAUUCCUUGCCAGCAGCCAUUUUCUGCCCUCCUGUGCCAGCCCGAGACAUUUUGGCGCCUGAGGCACACCACAAAAUAUGUGCGGAAAGAUCUACAUCAGGAACAAGGCAGCAGGGGAUAGAGAUCUUCUGUUGCCCCUAUGGAUCCUGCCGCCCGAAGCAGUCGCCUUGCCAUGCCUCAUGAGAGGGCCGGCACUGAGCCAUGCAGUAGGAACAAAGCCUAAAGCUGCAAUGUUUCAUCCUUCUUCCUGGCUAUUCCUUUUCAAGAGAGGAAUUAUUCCAAGUGCCUAGAACGGUGUGCCGAUAACACCAAGGUUGUGGGUUCGAUCCCCGUAUGGGACAGCUGCAUAUUCCUGCAUUGCAAGGGGUUGGGCUGGAUGACCCUUGAGGUCCCUUCCAAUUCUAUGACUGCCCUCCUAUUGAUGCACAAUGGUGGGCUGGGUCUAAAAAUAUUGGUUGUCAGGAGUUAACUACGAGGCUACCAUUUAAUUUUUAUAAGAAAUAAAUAGAAAAUUUCAAAAAACACCUAAGUGGGAAAAGGUACAAUUAAAAUUUGUGUGAAAUGAAUGCAUUUUUUAAAAAAGUAAUCACAAUGUACAUAUACUGUACACCUGACCCCCUUCUUUCUAUGGGACCCUGUAAAUAAGUGACCUCCUUGGCUCUUAUUACCUAUGGGACCAGCAUGGGUGGCCAGGCCUGGUGAACAUUUAAUUCCUUACCCUUACGGUUAUGAUUCGUGGGUUCCCACUUAAUUUUAUUUUGAUUUUAAAUGUGAUUUGAAUUGUAUUUUAAACUAAUCCUUUGAUUUUGUGUUUUUAAUGUAUUUGGUGUUAGCCGCCCUAAGCCCAGUCUCGGCCGCGGAGGGCGAGGUAUAAAUAAAUUAUUAUUAUUAUUAUUAUUAUUAUUAUUAUUAUUAUAAGAAAUGCAGGUGGUUAUAAAUUAUUUUUUAAAAUUAAUAUUAAAUAAAUGGUGUACAUUUUUAAAUAGUUUGCUAGUAAAUGAAUAUUUUACACAUUAACAGGUAGUUCAAAACCAUAUUCCAUGCAGUCGACUGCAUUAAGAGCAAUUGUUUGAAUUCACAAGAUGACUGGGCAAAUAGAUCAUAUUUUCUAAUGCUUAAGGGGGCCGACUGGCCGUUGGGCAAGCUGACACCCUGGCCAGUCCGCCACUGGUGAUGCAGCAAUAAAACUGCUGACACGUUUGCAAAGCUAAGCAGGGUCUGGUGUGAUUUCAAAUUGGAUGGGGACCACAUGCUGAGGUUCCUGCAUUGCAGGGGGUUGGACUAGAUGACCCUCAGGGUCCCUUCCAUCUGUAUGAUUCUAUGACUCUGCCCUGUUAUAACCGAGUCCCCCACCCGCCUUAUGAAACUAUGCCUGGUCCUCAGGCACCGCUUUGGGUAGGCCGCCAUUGGAGUCCAGCCUCCAUUUUGGAUUUAGGAGCUCAGCUUCUCACAAGCCCUAGACCAGAACCUGAACUAAAUCUAAAUCCCUGAGCUCAGCAGACAAACGAAGAGCACUGCAAACAUGUUUCUCCUCCCGCUGAGAUUCACUCAACGUUUACAGGAAUAUAAUGAUUUACUUCUCCAGCUUUGGAAGCCACAGCAAUUACAGUAAUGUUUGUUCCCUGGAGGUGUCUUUCAAUUUGCCAUGCUAAAAACAAAGAAAUGUAUUGCAAGCGGUAACUCAGCUCAAUUCCCUUGUUCUUAUGCAUCAGGGGAAAAGUCUCUUGACCCUUAAGAUUGCACUAUAGGGAUGCUUUGAUUUCUGCUCCUGUUUUUCUGUUUCACCUUUCAAUCCAUAGCAAGUCAAAGUAAUUUGUUUCUUCUUUUGUGAUGUGUUUGGACUCGGGGCUCAACUUAUGGUUUGCUACUUGUGUUUUUGACUUGUUUUAUAUGUGUUGCACUUGAGAAUAAUCAGGGUAAACAUUUUAUGAGGCACCUACACAUCCAUCUAUCUAUCUAUCUAUCUAUCUAUCAUCAUCAUCUAUUCUUGGGAGUAAGUCCCAUUGAAUUCAAUAAGACAAAUAAUUCCGUAAGCUUCCAGCUAAAUACCAAACCUUGAGCAGUCACAAUCCUAAAUCACAUCAAAUACAACGGCAUGUCAGGCAUUGCAUUUUGGGGGAGUCUAAGAUGGUGACUGCCUACAAACCUUGGCUCAUAAUUUUAAGCAACCACGUUAACUACCAGGACAGGAUAACAUGCCUUCCAAGUGACCCUAUUUUCCAGGGACCGUCCCAGAUUUACAGAAGCCAUCCUGGUUGCUGAUUUAAUCCCGGAACGUCCCAGAUUGUCCUCGUUUCCCCUUUCCUCCCCCUCCACGUCUCAGAGAACAUGGUGGAGAAAUCUGACCUCCUGCUCUUAUCCUUUGCAUUGUCUCCCUCCCUCCCUCCCUUAUGUAGGUGCAAAAACAGAGUCCUGGUUAUUCUGAAAAUAAAAUACCGGCAUAAAGACCAACACAUUUGAUCAGGUAUCCCAUGGGAUACCGGCUGAAAAUCAAGCCCAGAGGUUUUGUGGUUGUUGCUGCUACUUUAAAUUCAUUUUCAGCCUUCAUGCUGUAUGCAAAAUGGCUGGUAAAGACUUCUCUAAAGACCAGAAAUCUUAAGAUUUUGUUGUCAGGUGCUCCUUUGUGUUCAGAUCAGGCCUCAGCACAAUAAUGUAGCACUUGGGAAGAAAGAUGCAGCCCAGAAGCCCAGCACUGGAGGCCAACAUAGAGAAGAUCUGCACGGCCACCAUGUACUUGCCCUUGGUGCUCAGGUAGGUGGGCACAAAAGACACCCAAACACUGCAGAAGACCAGCAUGCUGAAGGUGAUCAGCUUGGCUUCGUUGAAGGAGCCGGGCAGCUUCCUGGCUAGGAAAGCCACCGUGAAGCAGGUGGCAGCCAAGAAGCCCAUGUAGCCGAGGGCAACGUAGAACAUGGCCACAGACCCUUCGUUGCAUUGCAAGAUGAUCUCUUCCACCUGGGAGCGCAUGUCGGGCUCUGGGAAUGGGGGAGAAGAGCCCAGCCAGAUGGUGCAGAUGAGAACUUGCGCCCCAGAACAGGAGAUGACCAUGGAGUUGGCCAGACUCUUGCCCAGCCAUCUCCUCACCCUGUUCCUGGGCUUUGUGGCCAGGAAGGCCAGCACCACCGUGAUGGUCUUUGCCAAGACAGAAGAAACAGCAACUGAGAAGAUGAUGCUGAAGGCCGUUUGUCGGAGAAGGCAGGUCUCUUUCCUUGGGCGCCCGAUGAAGAGGAAGGAGGACCAAAAGGAAAGCAGGAGGGAGACGAGCAGGAUGUAGGAGAGGUCCCGGUUGUUGGCUUUGACUAUGGGAGUUUCCUUGUAUUUAAUGAAGAUUCCCAAAACGAUGCCUGCUGUUAAGGACAAGAAGAGGGCAAUGGAAGCUAAAACUAUUCCUAAAUAUUCUCCAUAAGUCAGGAAGGUGAUAAUCUUGGGGACACAUUGAUCUCUGUCCUUGUUUGAAUGGUGAUCUUCUGGGCAUUUGGUGCAAUGUUCUGCAUCUGGGGAAGAGAGUAAGAGUGGCUGCAGCAUCACUUACAUCCCUAAUGAUCUGUGCUCUAUUAACAUUGUGAUCUAGGAUAAACUGAGAGGCAGUGACCACUCCACUUCUGUUAACUGUAUUGUUUGCAUCCUGCCUAUUCCUCUUUGUCUGAACCUUUAAAAUGCAGACAUUGCUUCCAUGCAAUGUUCAUAGCAGUGAGAUCAGAACGGUCCAUAGCUUAUAUUGUAAUAAUUUUCACAUGAAGUAUUUAUUUUUAUUGUGCUUUUGCUGUUAAUAAUUUCUGCUUUUCAUCGUCUAUCCAUUAUUUUUGAUAAGUGUCAACAUUAUUUCCUUUUUCUGUGGCUUGGUUUAAAAAAUAAAAAGGAAUGCUUUGUGGGCAUUCCUCUCACAGCUGCCCAGUUUGCACCCCAGAGAUUUCUUCCUUAUGGUCAUUCCUAUCAACUCACUUCCUGGAUGUAAUAAAGGUGAUUAAUACUAAGGAAGUCAAGGAAGGAUUCCCAUUUCCCUAUGUCUGCAGAAUAGUCAUAAAAAGUGUGUGAGACUGAAUUUCUGCCCUGUGUUUACUCUCUCCAGGAAUUCCUUUCCCCUUGGAGUCACCCACCUUCCUGGGCGGAGAAGGUCCCUUCUGCACACCGAGCACAAGCGUAGCAGCAAAUGGGCUUUCCUUCUAGAACCACCUUGGCAUAUCCAGGUCGACAUCUUUCUGUACACCUGGAACGAGGUACAGUCUAACCAGAAAACAAGAAGGUGCAACCAAGAGGAACAGUUAGGAGUAUUUGUGUGUAUGUAAUUCACUCAACGCGAUUUCUAUAGCAUGGUGGUGAUCCCUGACAACCGGUCUUGCCAGCUCAGGAUGAUGGGAGUCCAAAGACAGCUGGGGACCCAAGUUUGGGAAACCCUGAUCUACCCCAAGAUUUGCAGUUGUGGCCCCCAAUGAAUCAUCCAGGAAAUCAUCACAGCUCUAUAUCAAUCACAUAGAGGUUGGGGAGGGGUCUGUCUGGCAGGGAAUCCUGAGAGAUCCCAGUUGCCGUUUCCAGCAGCCAAGAACCCCAGUUGCCUGCCAUCUCCCCAUUCCCUGAAUGCGGUCAGUUCUCUUUAGCUGCAGAACAUGAUCUCUGGAAUGCAGCCUUUGACCCCACAUCAGGGUCCUUUCAACCCCCCACUGACCAUUGGGGUGACCAGAAUAUCUUGUGCUUUAAAUUUAGUUCAGUACAGCUGAGGUUUGAGCCACAGAACUCUGUUUCCUCUUCUCCAUUUACCUGUUUCCCUUCUUAAAAAAACUUCAAAGCAAAUGGCAAUGAGUCUGACAUGUGAUUCCCCCAAAUUUCAGGAUUCAGAGAGAGAGAGAGAGAAAGCGCUUUGCUGUUCAAUACCCAACUGAAAGGAGAGUUGGGUUUUUGGGUGGGGUUUUGCCAAAUCGCUUGAAUUGAUUUUCCAAAUUUCACUACAUCAACCACAAAUUAAGACAAAUUUAAUACAAGUGAGCUUACUCACAAAUUUAAAAAAAUAUACAAUAAAUCAGUAAUCAUCAUUUGUAAAAUAAAUUACUUUUCAUCCUUCUGCAUGUAUGAAAGGUCAGUAUCCUUUAUUUGAGCAUCCCAAAUUCCCCUCCUAUUUCAGCUGCUGUAGAAAGAAGGCAUGCUGGUUCCAGCUGUUACUGGACAGUCAACCUGACAUGGUCAUUCUGCAGUGGUUGUUCAAGGAACAGCACAGUCAGGAUCUCCUAGCCCCUCUCCCCCAAUUAUUCCCCCUACCUUGUUGAAUUUCUUGGGCCACUCAAUGGCUUCUGGCCUUCUCCCUCUGUGAUUUACCCUACCUUAUUGAAUUUCUUGUUCCACUCAAUGGCUUCUGGGUUAAUGGUGAACUUUAUGCCAGCAGACGUCUCUUUCCUUAUAUUUCCAAUUUUCACAAGGUCACGAGACUUAUUGGGAGACAUCACCCAGUUCAUAAUAUCAAAGUCCGCUGGUUGCUCCCAGUUCUCAUCCAAGCACAGCCUGCCUCUGGAAGUAUUCAGACACCGGAUUUCUCUUAAGAAAGGGUGAAGCUGGAAUGACAGGGGAAAACACCGGCACUGAGAAACUGGGAAGCUACAGCAGACAAUUAAUCAAGCCAAAAUGGGAAAAACACCUAUGGCCAGGUGGGCUAUCAGCAAAGUACUAUAAAAAAUUACAAGAUUAUUUGGCACAACCACUAAAAGAUUUAAGAUACUUACAUUACACUGAUUCUUAAAAAAAGAUACAGAUCUAUUAUCAGUCAAAAAUUAUAGGCUGAUUUCUCUAUUAAAUAAUGACUAUAAGCUGUUUGCAGACCUAUUGGCAAACAGCAUGAAAGUGCUAUUAAUGGAUUUAAUUCAUCAGGACCAGGCUGAUUUUUUACCAGGCCGCCAGAUGAAGGAUUAUAUAAGGAAUAUAAUUGAUAUAAUAGAAGAUCUGGAAGUUAGAAAUGAUAAGCAAGCAGUGUUGAUUUUUAUAGACGCAGAGAAGGCCUUUGACCAUGUUUCAUGGACUUCUACGAAGAAGACUAUAGAGAUGAUGAAUGUCAGAGAGUCAUUACAGUGGUACUUCAGGUUAAGAACUUAAUUCGUUCUGGAGGUCUGUUCUUAACUUGAAACUGUUCUUAACCUGAGGUACCACUUUAGCUAAUGGGGCCUUCCGCUGCCGCCGCGCGAUUUCUGUUCUCAUCCUGAAGCAAAGUUCUUAACCCGAGGUACUAUUUCUGGGUUACCAGAGUCUGUAACCUGAAGCGUCUGUAACCUGUAGCGUCUGUAACCUGAGGUACCACUGUACUUACAGGAAUUGACUCAAUUUAUUCUGACUAACAGGCUAUGAUGAUAGUAAAUAAUGUAAUAACAGAAAAAAUCAAAAUAAUGAAAGCAACAAGACAGGGAUAUCCCCAGUCACCAUUAUUAUUUUAGUUUUAGAGACCCUGGUCAGAAGUAGAAGAUCAGAUGAAUAAAUAAAAGGGAUAACAGUAGGUUAAAGGUAAAGGUAAAGGGACCCCUGAACAUUAGGUCCAGUCAUGACCGACUCUAGGGUUGUGGCGCUCAUCUUGCUUUAUUGGUCAAGGGAGCCGGCGUACAGCUUCCGGGUCAUGUGGCCAGCAGGACUAAGCCGCUUCUGGAGAACUAGAGCAGCGCACGGAAACGCCGUUUACCUUCCCGCCAGAGCGGUACCUAUUUAUCUACUUGCACUUUGACGUGCUUUCGAACUGCUAGGUUGGCAGGAGCAGGGACCGAACAACAGGAGCUCACCCCGUCGCGGGGAUUUGAACCGCCGACCUUCUGAUUGGCAAGUCCUAGGCUCUGUCGUUUAACCCACAGCGCCACCCGCGUCCCAACGGUAGGUUACAAAGUAUAUAAACUCAAGGCAUUUGCAGAUGACCAUGUGGUAACUGUAGGAGACCCCAUGGCUAGCCAACCAAGGGUCUUGAACAGAUUCUCAAGUUGGAGAAGUAGCAGGUUUUAAACUAAAGGUAGAACGAAAGUAUUGGUGGAAAAUGUGACAGAACUGAUGAUUGAGAAGAAAGUUUAAUAUUUAGGAGUAUGGAUAACAGCUACGAACAUAAAUAUUUUUAAGAUUAACUAUACAGGAGCUUGGAAAGAAAUAAAAAAAAAACUUAAAUAAAUAUAUAUAUAAAAAAUAGAGAUAUCUGGAGGGUGGCAGCACGACAACAGGACUUUUCUGUGGUGGCUCCUCGCUUGGGGGAUGCUCUCCCAGGGAGGCUCCCUGGACACCUUUGUGACAAAUCCUUGGGGGGCCAGGCGAGAAAGUUAUUCUGUAACCAGGAUUUGGGUGGAUAAAACCAUCUCUGGGCAUUUUAAUGUGCUUUUGGUUUGCUUGUUUUCUUUCUUUCGUUUGCUUUUUCUAUUCUCAUUUUGUAUUUUUAUUCUGCAAACCACCCUGUGAUCUUCAGAUGAAAGUUGAUAUAUAAACAGAAUAAUACUAAUAUUAUUACUACAGACCCUCCAAAGGUCAAAAUGGCACCCAGUUGAGAGGUGCUGGAGCUGAGUUCCAGCGAGUUCCCCCUGAAGAAAGCCCUGGGUAUAAAUAGUAAAAUGAUCGUUAUGGGAUGGGACAUCCCUAUUUUCAUCGGAGAAAUGUUGGAGGGUAAGCUACUAUAACUAUUACUAAUAGUAACUAUGAUAUUUUACAGGUCUAUCCCCAGUCAAGAUCAGCAUCUGUGUGGACUGCAGUUUGCAAAAAGGGGAAGGAAAUACCUGCCACGGCUGUAGCCUUUGGGCUCCCCAUUGCUCUCCUUCCUCCACCAUCAGCCUCCUCUGGGAUCUAGAUGAAAGCGAAGCAUGCAAGGCCUGAGCCACAGCUUGAACAUUGAUGUAAGUGCCAUAGCUGUCAUAAGACAGGGCUCUCUCACGCUCCCCUUGGAGCAAUGGCUGCAGUUUCUCCUCCUCUCUGCAUCUUAUCCUGCCUUUCACGGACAACAGAUGCUUUGAAUAUGAACACUGAUAAGCUUCAUCUAAAAAAUCUCCAAGAAGAUUGGUCUGCAAUUUAUAUUUGUCACCUUUGCUGCUCCUUAUUCCAGUCUGAAUUGCAAAGGACAGAGAACCAUGGAGGUGCUGGAAGUUAUUUGGAAGGAUGUAAAAGCCAAUUCUGAUUUCUAGCAAAGCUGUUGUGAUCCAGACUUUCGCCCCUAUUUCCUUCUCAUAGAUAUCGUGUAUUACCAUGAAUAUUAUGAUACCCAGUGCAUUGGUUAUAUAGGAAACAAAUACCCCAACUUGUCUCCAUAGGAAAAAAGGUUCCCUAGGCCUGAUAAAUUGAUUUAGAUCAUUUUCUGGUACUCUUUUUGAUAAAGCAAUGCAGAUCCCUUUGCUGAGCAUCAGAGGUUUCACAGCGCUCACAAAUCUUUCUCCACUGUCAUUGUCUGGAGUAAAGAGGCCAAUCCACGUCCAUCCAAAAUACAGGAGCAAUUCAACAAUCCCCUGGUACUGACUUUCCUCUUUUGGACUCAUCCGGUAGACAAAAGGGAACAGGGUUUUACCUUCGAGAACCUGGGCAGUGAAGCCAUAACUGAUCUAGCAAGGGAAGCACAAGAUCAGCAAUUUAUUUUACUUUCAGCAUAACAGAUAUUUAAUCAUAUGAAAUGACUGAUAUCUAAAUCUCUGCUGGCUGAGGCUGAUGGGAGUUUUAGUCGGAAACAUCUGGAGGUGUCAAGUUGGUGAAGGCUCAGUUUUGAAAAAGGGAUGUUGGAUCCAUAGCUCAGGAUUUUCCCAUUUUUAAAAAUAUCCCUACUUGACCCCUCCAAAGAGAAAGUAGAAUCUUAUGCAGUUGAAAUUCUAUGUCCUUCCAUGCUCUUCCCCUACUUACCUGUGGGAUUUUGUAGAUGCCUGACAGGGCUGAAAUCACUCUUGAGAUCACAGUGUUGCCUCUUUCAAGAACAGCCAGCAGGGGAUUCUGUUCUCCACAGUGAUAAUUGGGAAUCUUGCAUCCACUGCCUGCAAGCAGCUCUAGCAUGGCGUCCGAAGUCAUCUUUGCAUCUAAAUAGUUCUCAUAGAUGUUGUAGCCCAGAGUAAUGUUGGGUAAGAGACUGAGAUCCUGGUUGAUCUCUUGGAUGGUGAACAGGAAAGACAGCAUGUGCCAGAAGAACCUAGUUGACUCCCUGCAAUAAAUGAAUUAUUUAAAAAGAGUGAAACUGAUAUUCAUAUUAAUGGGAGGAAGGAAACAUUACAUGAUCCACAAAUAUUAGUAUAUUUUAUUUAUUUAUUUAUUUAUUCAUUCAUUCAUUCAUUCAUUCAUUCAUUCAUCCACCCACCCACCCACCCACCCACCCAUCCAUCCUUUUGCAUUAAUAUCAAACCUUUUCCUGUCUAGCAUAGAACAAAAAUUUGGAGACCGCUGCUCCAUGACAGGAGCUUUGAUGCAAACAGCACACAGAGCUGUUUAACAGUGGAACAGACUCCCUCCGAAGGUGACCAUGUGUCAUGGAUGCUUCAGGUGAGAUUCCUCCAGGUCCCUUCCAUCUCUACAACUCUAUGAUUCUUUACUACUGUGGUUGUAUGAGUAGGAAAUGAAAGUGGCCCUCAAAAUGUGUGAUAUACUGGGAAGCUGCUCCAUAGGCUGCUUUUGCUGCAGUGGUCUUUGGCGCCUUCCAAGGGGCUAGACUACAGGUAGAUAAGAGACCAUUUUAUUGAAAGAGGGGAAGCACCAAAUACCUCAGUACACUUUUACUUAGAAAUGAGGCCUGGUCGCUUUCAGGUUUGAGUGUGUGGUAAAAUUUAUAAUUUUGCCCAUAUUUUGGAUCACUGGCUCCCACCAAUGAGGACACCCCUGGUCUGUAUUAUUUUACAUAAUCAUUUUAUUUGAAGCAUAUCAUUCCUGUUCUUCGCCCAUAAAAAUCCAGCCAUUUUCAGGAGUUUCUUAAAACGCUUCUAAUUUUUUUAAAAAAAUGACAGAAAGGGGAAAGUGCUGGGAUUGGAGGAGGAAACCUUUAAUGUAGCUGAGGCAGAUUUCUCCAUGAUGGGCUGUAGGUCUCCGUUGCAUUGUGUAAAGAGAACUGUGAUAAGGCUGUUCACAAAUGAUCCCAAUAGAAUAAACAUAAAAUAAUCUUAGCAGCUUGGGAAUUUCUUGAGUUUCAUGCCACCCUCUGGCUUAGGAAGAAACCUCAAACACCUCAAUACUUUGAAAUGAGGCCAGUUGUGUGUGGUCAAAAAAGGAAUAAUUCCUUUUCACAUUUUAGAGAUCUAAGUCCACUUACAAGGAACUCCCCUGGCAUAUUAUUUUAUUUAUCCUUUCAAUUAAAGCACAUCUUUCCUUCUGUUCAGCCUCCAAAUGUCACCAAGAGGCUCUUAAAAUUCCAUUUGCAAAACUGUAGCAUUCCUUAAUGACAGUUUAUGAAUUGUCCAAAUGUAAUAAUAAUGAAUAAAACCUUUGAGCCUUGAAAAUUGCCUGAGUUUCAUGGCAUCCUGCAGGUGGGGAAAUUCAGUGCAUCCUUUUGAACCCUGACCAGAUCAUUGGCUUUCUUGCAUUCUUCUAAAAGCAACACAGACGCAUAGGAACAGGAUUGUUUUACUUAGGAAGACAGAGGGAAGAAGGAAAUAAGAAAGGUUUUUUACUGGACCCCCCCAGCUCCCAUCACCCCCAGCCAGCAAGAGCAAUGAUCAGGGCAGGGCAGUCCUGCAACAUCAGUCCUUGGCUCCCCAGCCCUGAGAUAGGGGCUCUUUCCUAUUUCAACCAUUACAAGGACUGGAGGACCAUGAAACCCAUCCGCAUAUGAUUUUACAUACACUUCAUUCCUGGCGAAGGGUGUCUGAGUAAAGUUGUAUGGGGUUGUCUCAAUUAGGCGUUUUGGAGAGAUGAUCCCACUGAUGAGAAAGUGUCCCGGCCAGUAGUAAUUGCGAGCAUCCGUUUCAUCCCUGACCAGAUUCAAGGGGCAUUUCGCCUUGUGGUUCCCGCAGACUCCAAAGGGCAUCAUGAGCAGCAGAAGCAGCAACAGAAGGAGCAAGGAUCUCAUUCUGGCUCUGCUUCCUCCUCCUCCUCUUACCUGCCAAGGAGGCAAAGCAGAAGAACCCAAAGACUCUUGCAAGACCAAACUGGGUGGGCUUUCCCAAUCUGGGUGGUUUUCAACUCUGCCUUCAGAGCUAGGAAGCACAAGGCAGGCACACCCCUCUUUCACCAGCUCUGCAUCUUGACUCAGUCUGUCUCCAACACAGGAAAUAUUCUCUGCACCAACUUUUUCUUUCCCAGUCACAGUUCAAUUAAUAUUGCCAUGCUGUUGUUGCUUUCCGAGGCUCAUGCAAUCUCCAGAAAUAUCUCCUGAGCUUUUAGAAGAUGAGAUCACUAUAAUUUCGACUAUUCUAAGUGGAAUAAUUUUCAGCACAAUAACUUUCUGGAGUCUUGAAUGGCUCAAGCGGCAGGUGCAGAACUGGAGAAAAACAUGUUGGACAGAAGUCAAGGGGAGUGUUUGGGAGUUGGAAGUUUGGUCUGAACUUUGCUCCCAAGGACCAAAGAAGGAGCUGGAUCCAACCAUGGACUCUCCUUCCUUGGAGGUUUUGAAGCAAAGGUCAGACAGUCAGGAAUGGACAACAGCCAGAUGGAGGAGUCCCAGACUUGUAUCCCAGGCAUCCUAAGCCCUUUUAAAAUUUGGGGGGGAGGGCAGAGGCUGUUAUUGGGUUGUUGUUUUUAUUUUGAUUAUAUAUAUUGUGCUUUUGAAGGAAGGUUUUUGAUUUUGUUCUGUGAACCGCCCUGAGACCUCCAGGGAUAGAGCGGUAUAUAGAUUAAGUACAUAAAUAAAUAAAGGAAUAAGUAUGAAUAAAUAAAAAUGAAUAAAUGAAGAAUGUUGAGAAAUACCAUCCUUAUUACUGUGAACGGGAUACAUGGCGGUGGGAUCUUGUUUCUUAGAGGCUGCUAGAGACAGAGACUGGUGGAGCCUGCGAUGGGGAUGGUUUUCUCAAGCCCACCCUCAGGCCACUUUGGGUGAGUUUGGGCUGCUUGAUUCCUGCCACUUGCUUCUGGUUCUCCCCCGGAAGGGAAGUAGCGCCUUGGUGGCUUCAAAGCCACUUCAAGUGAAUUUCCACCCCAUCUUUGAAAGGCUUCUCCAACAGAGGGAAGCUCUCUGGGGUUGGUUGAGGAGAGAAAGGUUGUCCUGAGCCUUAGACCCCCCUUCCCCUUUGACAUGUGUCGUCUGUUAUGUUGACCCACAACUUAACAUUUCCCUUCCCCUUUGACAUGUUCUGAGGAAGGUGAGCUUCUGUUGUACAUGGAGCCAACUUGCUCCUCUUCUUUGGGCAGAAACUUCUCUACUCAUAAACGAAUUGUCUGCCCACAAGCCAGGCUAGUAUUCUAGCAGCUUUAUUAAUCUUUAUCAGUUCUUUCUUUCUUUCUUUCUUUCUUUCUUUCUUUCUUUCCUUAUUUAAUCUGUUUCAUAAAAUCGAUGCAGCACUUGAUUAGGCCAAUAACCCCUAAAGCACUUUAUUUUAAGAUAAGGCAGGACAUUCAGAAAAAAGUUUACAAACUUACUUCAGAACAUUUAAAAAAGUAAUAAUAAUAAUAAUAAUAAUAAUAAUAAUAAUAAUAAUAAUAAAUUUUAUUUAUAUCCCGCCCUCCCCAGCCGAAGCCGGGCUCAGGGCGGCUAACAACAAUCAAAUAAUCAAACAAUCAAAUAAUCCAACAUUCUAAAAACAUUUCAUUAUAAAAAUUAAUUAAAAUCAAAUUAAUGGCAACUGUUAAGCAAAAUUCUGUGCAGGUUGCCAGAGGAGGGAGUCAGGCUGUGCCCUGACCAAAGGCCUGGUGGAACAGCUCCGUCUUGCAGGCCCUGCGGAAAGAUGUCACGUCCCGCAGGGCCCUAGUCUCUUGUGACAGAGCGUUCCACCAGAUCAGGGCCACAGCCGAGAAAGCCCUGGCUCUGGUUGAGGCCAGCCUAACCUCUCUGUGGCCUGGGACCUUCAGGAUGUUUUUAUUUGCAGACCGUAGGUUCCUCUGUGGGGCAUACCAGGAGAGGCGGUCCCGUAGGUGCGAGGGUCCUAGGCCGUAUAGGGCUUUAAAGGUUAAAACCAGCACCUUAAACCUGAUCCUUUACCCCACCGGGAGCCAGUGCAGCUGGUAUAGCACUGGGUGAAUGUGAUCCCGCAGUUAGGACCCCGUAAGGAGUCUCGCCGCGGCAUUCUGCACCUGCUGGAGUUUCUGGGUCAGUCUCAAGGGCAGCCCCACGUAGAGCGAGUUACAAUAAUCCAGUCUGGAGGUGACCGUCGCGUGGAUCACAGUGGCUAGGUCAGGGCGAGAGAGAUAAGGGGCCAACUGCUUAGCUCGGCGGAGAUGAAAAAAUGCCGCCUUUGUUAUAGCUGCAAUCUGCGCCUCCAUAGAGAGGGAGGUAUCGAAGAUUACACCCAAACUCUUAACUGACGGUGCUGGCACUAAUUGCACCUCCACAAGAGAUGGGAGUUGCCCCCUCAAUCCCAUAUCGUCCCAUCCCAGCCAGAGGACCUCUGUCUUCGAAGGAUUUAACUUCAACCGGCUCCCACGUAACCAUCCAGCCACAGCUUCCAGACAUCUGGUCAGUGUGUCUGGGGCCGAGUCAGGAUGGCCAUCCAUCAACAGAUAGAGUUGGGUGUCAUCGGCAUACUGAUGACAACCCAGCCCAAAACUCCGGACAAAAUAACAAAACGGACUGAAAUUGUAUCAGCUUCCUAAGAAUCUGGGUGUGUAGCCUUAUGAGGCUUUGCCCUCGGGUGGGAAAAAUAUUGCGCCUGGGAAAGGGAAGUGGGAGUCAACAGACACUCAAGGAAUAGUUUCGGAGAAAAGGCUUUUAUUUCUACCAUCCAUGAACUGGUAGAAGGAGCAAGUGUGAUAAGUCACAAAAAGCAUGCAUGAGUUCACAGUCAUGUGCACAAGCAUAUAUACCCCUUUCCAGUUCCCUCCCCCUUUCUCCUCCCUCAGGAGUCCUGCCCCAUGUUGAGGUUCCUGAGCAUGUACAGAAAGCUGUCUUGGGACUAUUGUGGACUCUUGGCAGGAAAGGGGGUGAGGGGGUUUCAGUGUGUUCCAGUUGUUUCAUUCUUGUGCUUUGGCAUGGUUCCCGGAGAGAAAGCAAGUUGCAACGUGGUUCUGAGAAAGGCCUGAGAAACGAUGGACUGUGUUCCCUACCUUUGUUGCAAUCUUUUUAGUUACAGCAAGCGGAAUGUUUCUGAUGCUUAGCUAAUGCCUUUUAGCUGCUGAGAAAAAUGAUUUUGAAAAGCUCUGAGAAGCUUUGAGCCUGCUUUGGUGGGGGGUGACUUCUGGCCUAGGUGAGGUCACCUGUCCUCACCUUCCUUCAGGUGGAUGCUAUAUUUAUUAAAUUUAUUUUUUUUAAAAAAAAAUUAUUAAGUCUCCAAAGAUAUUCCAAAACACUUGUCUACCUACCAGAGGUUUUUUUAAAAAACAACUAAAUACAUAAUGCUUCUUGACUCCCCACCCCUCUUGAUGUUUGUUUUAUUACUCCUUUUUAUCACCUGUUUUAAAAAACAUGUUUAAGUUAUCUAAGCCCCGAAGUCGUAUACAGCGGUGCCUCGCAAGACGAAAUUAAUUCGUUCCGCGAGUUUUUUCGUCUAGCGAAUUUUUCGUCUUGCGAAGCACGGUUUCCCAUAGGAAUGCAUUGAAAUUCAAUUAAUGCGUUCCUAUGGUCAAAAAAAGUCCAAUCAAAGCCAAAUUUGGUACAACAAUAGUUUAUUAACUGCUCUUUAAAGUCACACAUACUUUAAAGAGCAUAUCAAAAUUGAAGGAACAAUAAAUUAAGUUUCUAAACAUGACAGAAAAACAUUUAAAAAUCAACAAAGUGUACUGUACAUACAUUUUCUAAGACUCUGGGGAACCACUCGAAGAAGGUUCCUCUUCCACUCUUUGCUUCUUGCUGAGGAACCUGUCCAUGGUCUGCUGCUUCAUCCGCCUUUUCAGCAGCUCCCUGAGAGGCAACAUGACCGUCGUAUCAAAAGUGUUCGCUUGGUCAUGUGCCACGUGCUUGUUAGGGUGGUGCCGCUCUGCAAAAGCCUGCACCUCCUUCCACUUCUGGCAAAUGUCCCUCAGUUCUUUGGAGGACGGCCGUUCCUCAGUUGCUUCCUCCUCUUCCAGCGAGGCCUGCUCCUGCGCAACCUCUGCCUGCAGUUCAACCAGCUCCUGGGUGGUCAGCUCGUGGUCGUGCUCCUCCACCAGCUCGCUGACGUCCUCCUCUGUGACCUCCAGGCCCAUGGUCCUCCCCAAGGCAACAAUGUCCUGCACCACUGUUGACUCUGGUGCAUCAGAGUCACUUGGUGCCACACAGUCCGGCCACAGGCUGCGCCAAGCGCAAUUCAAAUUUCUCUGGCUGAUCCCGUUCCAGGCCGUGGUGAUCAUCUUCAAGCAGGUGACGAUGUCGAAGUGGUCCUUCCAGAAUUCCCGCAGGGUGAUGGUGGUGCAAUCAGUCACCUCGAAGCAUCGCCUGAAAAGCUCCUUGGUGUAGAGUUUUUGAAAUUGGCGAUGACCUGCUGAUCCAUCGGCUGGAGCAGUGGCGUGGUGUUAGGCGGCAGGAACAUGAUGUUGAUGAAGCUGAACUCCUCCAACAAGUCCACCUCAAGGCCUUUAGGAUGAGCAGGAGCAUUGUCCAUCAGAAGCAAAGCCUUCAGCGGCAGGUCGUUGUCCAGCAGGUACUGUUUGACAGCAGGGCCAAAAGCAAGAUUGACCCAGUCCACAAACAGCACACGUGUGACCCAAGCCUUGCUGUUGGAUCGCCACAUGACACUCAGCCGCUCCUUGUCGACCUUGUGUUUCUUGAAGGCCCGUGGGUUCUCCGAGUGGUACACCAGCAGGGGCUUGAUCUUCAGGUCGCCGCUUGUGUUGGCACAGAAGAGCAGGGUCAGGCGGUCCUUCAUGGGCUUGUGGCCAGGCAACUUGGCCUCCUCCUGUGUGAUGAAAGUCCUUUUGGGCAUCCUCUUCCAAAACAGCCCGGUCUCGUCGCAGUUGAAGACCUGCUGUGGAACGUAGCCCUCCGUCUUCACAACCUCCAGGAACUCCGAGGCAAAGUCUUCAGCCGCAGGAACAUCAGAACUGGCAGCCUCUCCAUGCCUGACCACGCUGUGGAUUCCAGAUCUUGCCUUGAACCGGUCAAACCAGCCUCUGCUUGCCUUGAAGACUUCUGGCUCGCCUGAGGUUCCUGGCUGUUCCCGGAUGAGGUCUGCGUGCAAGGCCUUGGCCUUCUCACAAAUGACGGCCUCAGUCACUGUGUCCCCUGCACGCUGCUUCUCUUUUAACCAGAUGAGCAGCAACUUCUCAACCUCCUCCAGAACAGCUGGGCGGUUCUUCACGAUCCUGGCUGCAUCAGUCGCAAGGAUCUUCUCCCUCAUCUUCAGGAUGGUCCCGAUGGUCGAUGGGUUCCUGCCGUACUCCCUGGCGAGGUCCGUCACACGCAUUCCACCGUCGUGCUUCCAGAUGAUCUCCUUCUUAAUUUCCAGCGUCACCUUCUCCUUCUUCCUCUCGCCGGCCUCCGCAGCAGCAGCAGUCUUCUUGGGUCCCAUGGCAGCACAGCUCUUACCUUCGUAAACUCAGAAAAGAAAAAAAUAAAUCAGCAAUUCAAACCCAGAACCAAGUCCUUGAAUUCCAAACACCCAACCCAAAAUCCAAAAACCCCCAAAAAAGUUUUAAAAGUUUAACUUACGAAAUGGCUGCAAAUCGCCAAAGUCUUCAAAAUCCUCAAAUGGCUGCAAAAGAAGUUUGGGGAAAGCUUUAAAAAUCACCAAAGUCUUCAAAAACCUCAACUGUUCCCCCAGCCCCUCCCCAACUGUUGCAAACCCCUCCCCAACUGUUGCAAACUCCUCCUCAACUGUUCCCCCAUCCACCCAGCACACAGAAAUUCAAACCCAGAAAUUUUUUCAAAAAAACAACAACAUGGCCCAAUGGUUACAGAAAACCAUAAAAAUUCAUUAAAAACCACACAAGCUUCCAGAUUCUUGCAAACCCCUCCCCAGCUGUUCCCCCAGCCACCCAGCACACAGAAAUUCAAAACCCAGAUUUUUUUUUCAAAAAAAAAAUCAUGGCCCAAUGGUCACAGAAAACCAUAAAAAUUCAUAAAAAACCACACAAGCUCCCAGAUUCUUGCAAACCCCUCCCCAGCUGUUCCCCCAGCCACCCAGCACACAGAAAUUCAAAACCCAGAAUUUUUUUUCAAAAAACAACAACAUGGCCCAAUGGUCACAGAAAACCAUAAAAAUGCAGAAAAAACCACACAAGCUCCCAGAUUCUUGCAAACCUCUCCCCAACACCAAGUCCUUGAAUUCUAAACAUCCCAACCCAAAAUCCAAAAACCCCAAAAAAAGUUUUAAAAGUUUAACUUACCAAACAGCUGCAAAAGAAGUUUUGGAAAAGCUUCAAAAAUUCAGCAAACUCUUUAAAAAGCUCAAAAAGGCCACCACACCGCGUGCAAUGUGUUGCUCCUCAAGGUCAAGUCGCAACUGCACCUCUUCCAGCAAUGCACCCUGGGUAUUAACGGUUUUACGAAAAAGGAAACAAACUUGCAAGACGUUUUCGUCUUGCGAAGCAAGCCCAUAGGGAAAUUCGUCUUGCGAAGCAACUCGAAAACGAAAAAACCUUUCGUCUUGCGAGUUUUUCGUCUUGCGAGGCGUUCGUCUUGCGGGGCACCACUGUAUCAGUAAUCCUCUGCUUAUAUUUCAAAUCCUGCCUUUGACUUCAGGUAUGGAUGUUAGUAUGACAGAUAAUGUAACAAUGGUCUCCAUUCUUCCUUGAACAAUUCUUCCUUAUGUCCUCUUAGUUUAGCAGGGAAUUUCUCCAUUUCAGCAUAUUCCACCAGCUUCAUAAGCCAUUCCUCGUUGGUGGGGAAUUCUCCCUCUUUCCACUUCCGUGUGUAUAAAGUCCUAGCUGUUGUGGUUGCAUUCAGAAAACCUAACUAACUACUGGUCAGUUUCUCAUCUCCCUUUCGUGUGUAAUUGUUAUGUACUGAGUUGAAUAGGAUCCAAAAUGCAGCAGUCUGAUUGGUCCUAGAACAAUAGGAUUCAGAAUGCAGCACUAUGAUUGGUCUCCAGGAGCCACCCAAUCCAGCUCCAGAUGGAAGUGAAUCCCCAACCUGAUUGGCUCACAGGAGAAUCCCGGAAUUAGCCAAUCACGUGCAGCCCAUUGUGUAAAUAAUGUAUAUAAAGCAGAUACUUUGGGGGGACUUUCAUUCCUCCUCACCACUAUGAGCUGAAUAAAGAGCAUGAAAUCCACUCUCGACUCUGAGUUUAUUUCAGUAAUGUUCUGGAGUGAGUGGCCGCAGACCAGAUCCAGGCGCUUUUGAAAGAAACUGAUUUUCUGGAUCCGUUUCAAGUGGGGGUUUUGUGACAAAGACACCUGAGAGCCGAAUCAGCCAAGCAGGCUGGGAAGUGCUGGGACUGCGCCGCCAUUUGGGCCUAGUCAUGUUCUCCAGGCCUGACUGCUAACUGCUGAGUCGCUCUGGCAUGGGACUUGGCAGCCAUUUUGUCUCUGCGUUCUCUGUAAGGUUUCAGUCAGAGUCAGUCUGCCUCAGUUGUGAGCAGUAUGGAAUCUCAGUCAAACUGUUUGGAACCAUGUUGUUUAGGAAGAAGUUUAUUUUAACUUAGUAAAGUCAAUUAAAAACUCUGCAUUAGUAGUUUACGCUGCGCGUCAGUUUAGGUCUGACGUCGUUUCCAGACGGUGUUAGUUGGGGAAUGCUUUUCAGCUCCGGGAGCCUUGAAUGUGGGGUUUACAGGGCUCAAUCCUAUCCACAGGGCACUGGCUCCUGGUGGAGUACAGGAUAAUAAUAAUAAUAAUAAUAAUAAUAAUAAUAAUAAUAAUUUAUACCCCACCCAUCUGGCUGGGCUUCCCCAGCCACUCUGGGCAGCUUCCAAAAAAAUAUUAAAAUACUGUAAUACAUCAAACAUUAAAAGCUUCCUUAAACAGAGCUGCCUUCAGAUGUCUUCUAAAAGUCUGGUAGUUGAAUAAUAGUAAUAUGUAGGAUCAGGUUCAAGGUGCUGGCUUAAGCUUUAAAGCCCUAUAGGGCCUAGGACCCUCGUACCUACGGGACCACCUCUCCUGGUAUGUCCCAUGGAGGACCUUAUGGUCUUCAAACAAAAACAUCUUGGAGGUCCCGGGCCACAGGGAGGUUAGACUGGCCUCAACCAGAGCCAGGGCUUUUUCGGCUGUGGCCCCGAUCUGGUGGAACGCUCUGUCACAAGAGACUAGGGCCCUGCGGGACUUGACAUCUUUCCGCAGGGCCUGCAAGACGGAGCUGUUCAGCCAGGGCACAGUCUGACCCCCUCCUUUGGUAAUCCCCGCAGAACUGUAGCCCAAUGGUUGCCAUUAAUUUGAUUUUGAAUUGAUUUUAGAAUGAAUUGAUUUUAGAAUUCUGUGUUACUUUUAUUGUUAGCCGCUCUUAGCCCGGCUUCGGCUGGGGAGGGCGGGAUAUAAAUAAAAUCUUCUUCUUCUUCUUCUUCCUCUUCUUCUUCUUCUUCUUCUUCUUCUUCUUCUUCUUCUCCCCCACAUUGUUUAACAUCUACAUGAAACCACUGGGUGCGGUUAUCCAGAGGUUUGGAGUAUGUUAUCAGAAUUAUGUUGACAACAGAGGGACUUCCGGGGUGGCGCCACCGGCAAUGGCGGACUCCCUCUGAAUUGGAGGGACUAGCUCCGUGGAAAACGGGUCUUUUCUGCUACGGCGAAGCGGGGACCCACUUAAAAAUCAUAGGCGGAUGAAGUCUGUGACCAUGGGACUCGGCGGGCACCUUUAGCGCCCCCCCAACCCGCUAAGGAACCCACUAACGGGCUCCGAAGUGAAGAGGGGGAAGUGGCGCGGUGCUGUGAGUCAACUGCUAUUUCCGUGGAGCGAAGCCGCAUAGCUGUUGCCGGAGAGCGCUGCCUUUUUCCUGGGACAAUUUGGACUUUAAAAUAAGCACCUGUGAGUACUUAGACUUUGAACAAUUGGACAUUAAAUAAGGACUUGCGAGUAGGAAAGAAUCGGACUUUAAAAAAAUUACUUGAAUUUGGUACGGAACGGGAAGGUCUAAACAGGAAGUCAUCCUUCCGUUCUUUUGUAAACAGAAUAAAGCAAAGGCAAUUUAAACUAGAGCUCAGGAAAUGGCUUUUAAAAGAUUGGAUUUCACCAUUUAAAAUUGUGGAACCCCCCUUCGACAGCAGGAGAAGGGGGGAAUCUUUUUGGACUGCUUUAAGUGACUUUAAAGUGAAGUAACUUUCCUCCGUCCUGAUCCUGGAGCGGGCUGUCAGGACUGACGUGUGAAGUUCAUUAACCAAAGACAAGUGUUUUUGACAGAUGGCUAAAAGAAGAGAAACCUAGUGAUUCCACUGUUCCCUUUCGCAUUUUAAAGGAUUAUAUAUGGACAAAGUAUCUUUAAAAAGGAAACUUUGUUGCAAGAAUAAAUAGAAGUCUUCCCCCUAGGGGGAGUCUGUGAAAUUGUAACUGUGAAACUGUAACUAACUCCAGGGAGUCGACAGCUGUUACAGAUUACAACCGUGGGAACAAGUAUCUGACCUUGUAGGACAAUGUAUUCAGAAGCCUUGUUGUAUGCUCUCUAUAAAACAAACGAUCUACUGGAACAAUUACACGAGAAGGUGAAUUGGAUGGCGACUUCCACUAGAAAUUUUGAACAGGCAGUGGGAAACUUUGAACAGACAGUGGGAAAAUACGUGGAGCCCACUCAGGAUUUAAAUCAGGAGUGUGUCUUGACAGAACAGGAGUUUUUGACACUAAAUCAGGAGUGUGUUUUGACAGAACAGGCCCAACAGGAAUAUGAUUUUUUGGAUUUGACAAAUGAACUUGGAAAAAGCCAUAUCUCGAAAGGAAAAGUUUGGCUUGGUUUGGAAAUGGGGGGCUGGAUUGACCGCCCUAUGCUGGGAUGUUUGGACUUCUCAAAUAUGGCAACGGGCCGUGAGAUGUUUGGGACUGUGCGGGCUCUCAAUUUUGGAGGGCCUUUGAAACAUGCUUUUAAAUACUACAUGGAAUUCAAUGUUGAACAUGGAAAAGGGGCUGAUCUGUUGAGAAGGGUUAAAAACAUUGUCAAGCUGGAGUUACCACGAGCAGGAGACAAGGGAAAAUACAGUUACAAAUAUGAAGAAGAGCCGCGAAAGGGUCAUGGAAGAGACUUGAGGGCCUUGAAUAUAAGGCUGCCAGGUUAAUGGGCUAGAUUGACGGGAAUAUGGACUGACAAAACCCGGAACCAGGAGGAAGGGACGCUGGAUGAAGAUUGGAUCUGUUUAUACCUCUUUUUUCAACCAUUAGAACUGUUUUAUAAAAUUUUUAUAAAAUUGAUGAAUGAUAGAAAAAUGUUGGAAUGAAAUUACUUGGCUUUAGCAAAGAUGUUCAAAGAAUUAUGAAAGAAUAUUAUGAUCAUGAGAAGUUGGUAAGGAUAAGAUUUAAGUUUUAAGUUUUAAGGUUUAUUUUAUUAUAGAAAGAUAAGGUCAAGGAUUUGCUGGGAUAAUUAAUAACUAGGAUACAAAGAAAGGGAGGAGAAGGAGGUCUAGGAAAGAAGGUAAUGACAGUUAAGGAUUUGAAAAUAAUGAAUUUGUUUUUAAAUGUUUUUAAAGUUUUGUGAUUUUUGCAUUCUUCUUUUUUUCUUUUUUUCUGUCAUUUUUUCUCAUUUGGAAUUUUUUUGUAUAUGGUGGGAAGGGGUUGGUGUUUUUUUUUUCCCCUUUCUCUUUCUAUUUUGGUAAUUAUUUUUAUCCUUUAUACUCUCUUCUGCUUUUAUUUUAUUUUUUCUCUUUUUUGUAACAUUUUGAAAAUCUCAAUAAAUAUCUUUAAAAAGAAUUAUGUUGACAACAUUCCGCUCUAUUUCUCCUUCACAUGUGCAGGGGAGGCAGUGGAAGUGCUGGACUUCCUUGGUCUUGUCUUGGUAAUGGAUUUCAAGUGGGGUUUAGGCCUGGUUUUGGUACAGAAACUGCUUUGGUCGUCCAGUAUGGUGACCUCUGUUGAGAGAGAGAAACAUGUCCCUGAUAAUUCUUCUCGACUUCUCACCGGCUUUCAGUACCAUUGACUAUGGUGUCCUUCUGGAGUGACUCUCAGAGCGAGGGGUGGGUGGCAGCGCUUUGUGGUGGUUCCAGUCCUACUUGGAUGGUCAUUUCCAGACAGUGUUACUUGGGGAAUGUUUUUCAGCUCCGGGAGCCUUGAAUGUGGGGUUCCAAGGGCUCGAUCCUAUCCCCACAUUGUUUAACAUCUACAUAAAACCGCUUUUCAGUCAAGGCUUGGCUAAGGUCAGCUGCUACUCUUUGGAACAAGGAGCUUACACGAUACAGAAAUUAAACCAACAGACUACGGGAGAUAACUUAAAUUAAUUUCUCAGUUUAUUGAUAUACAAAACUUAGGAGAACGAAAUGAGAUGAAGUGCACUUGUAAAUGAUACAGCAUACAAAAGAUUUCCACCCAUCUUACUGUUCAUGUCAACAGGACUUCCUAAAACCGAGGCUAAGAAUGAACACAAUCUCUUUCAGAGAUGGAGAAUAAACAGCAUGGAUGAGCAGGUGUGUUUCCUUUAUGAACUUCUGGACAUAGGGAAUAUGGACUAUUUUAAGAAUCAGAUGUCCCCUUAAUUCCUUGUUGUCAGGUGCUCCUUUGUGUUCAGAUCAGGCCUCAGCACAAUAAUGUAGCACUUGGGAAGGAAGAUGCAGCCCAGGAGCCCAGCACUGGAGGCCAACAUAGAGAAGAUCUGCACGGCCACCAUGUACUUGCCCUUGGUGCUCAGGUAGGUGGGCACAAAAGACACCCAAACACUGCAGAAGACCAGCAUGCUGAAGGUGAUCAGCUUGGCUUCGUUGAAGGAGCCAGGCAGCUUCCUGGCUAGGAAAGCCACCGUGAAGCAGAUGGCAGCCAAGAAGCCCAGGUAGCCGAGGGCAACGUAGAACAUGGCCACAGACCCUUCGUUGCAUUGCAGGAUGAUCUCUUCCACCUGGGAGCGCAUGUCGGACUCUGGGAAUGGGGGAGAAGAGCCCAGCCAGAUGGUGCAGAUGAGAACUUGCCCCCCAGAACAGGAGAUGACCAUGGAGUUGGCCAGACUCUUGCCCAGCCAUCUCCUCACCCUGUUCCCGGGCUUUGUGGCCAGGAAGGCCAGCACCACCGUGAUGGUCUUUGCCAAGACAGAAGAAACAGCAACUGAGAAGAUGAUGCUGAAGGCCGUUUGUCGGAGAAGGCAGGUCUCUUUCCUUGGGCGCCCGAUGAAGAGGAAGGAGGACCAAAAGGAAAGCAGGAGGGAGACGAGCAGGAUGUAGGAGAGGUCCCGGUUGUUGGCUUUGACUAUGGGAGUUUCCUUGUAUUUAAUGAAGAUUCCCAACACAAUGCCUGCUGUUAAGGACAAGAAUAGGACAAGAGAAGCUAACACCAUUCCCAAAUAUUCUUCAUAAGCCAGGAAGAUGAUAAUCUUGGGGACACAUUGAUCUCUGUCCUUGUUUGAAUGGUGAUCUUCUGAACAUUUGGUGCAAUGUACUGCAUCUGGGCAAGAGAAAAAGAGUGGCUGUAGCAUCACUUACAUCCCUAAUGAUCUGUGCUCUAUUAACAUUGUGAUCUAGGAUAAACUGAGAGGCAGUGACCACUCCACUUCUGUUAACUGUAUUGUUUGCAUCCUGCCUAUUCCUCUUUGUCUGAACCUUUAAAAUGCAGACAUUGCUUCCAUGCAAUGUUCAUAGCAGUCAGAUCAGAACGGUCCAUAGCUUAUAUUGUAAUAAUUUUCACAUGAAGUAUUUAUUUUUAUUGUGCUUUUGCUGUUAAUAAUUUCUGCUUUUCAUCGUCUAUCCAUUAUUUUUGAUAAGUGUCAACAUUAUUUCCUUUUUCUGUGGCUUGGUUUAAAAAAUAAAAAGGAAUGCUUUGUGGGCAUUCCUCUCACAGCUGCCCAGUUUGCACCCCAGAGAUUUCUUCCUUAUGGUCAUUCCUAUCAACUCACUUCCUGGAUGUAAUAAAGGUGAUUAAUACUAAGGAAGUCAAGGAAGGAUUCCCAUUUCCCUAUGUCUGCAGAAUAGUCAUAAAAAGUGUGUGCGACUGAAUUUCUGUCCUGUGUUUACUCUCUCCAGGAAUUCCUUUCCCCUUGGAGUCACCCACCUUCCUGGGCGGAGAAGGUCCCUUCUGCACACCGAGCACAAGCGUAGCAGCAAAUGGGCUUUCCUUCUAGAACCACCUUGGCAUAUCCAGGUCGACAUCUUUCUGUACACCUGGAACGAGGUACAAUCUAACCAGAAAGACAAGAAGGUGCAACCAAGAGGAACAGUUAGGAGUAUUUGUGUGUAUGUAAUUCACUCAACGCGAUCUCUAUAGCAUGGUGGUGAUCCCUGACAACCGGUCUUGCCAGCUCAGGAUGAUGGGAGUCCAAAGACAGCUGGGGACCCAAGUUUGGGAAACCCUGAUCUACCCCAAGAUUUGCAGUUGUGGCCCCCAAUGAAUCAUCCAGGAAAUCAUCACAGCUCUAUAUCAAUCACAUAGAGGUUGGGGAGGGGUCUGUCUGGCAGGGAAUCCUGAGAGAUCCCAGUUUCCGUUUCCAGCAGCCAAGAACCCCAGUUGCCUGCCAUCUCCCCAUUCCCUGAAUGCGGUCAGUUCUAUUUAGCUGCAGAACAUGAUCUCUGGAAUGCAGCCUUUGACCCCACAUCAGGGUCCUUUCAACCCCCCACUGACGAGUGGGGUGACCAGAAUAUAUUGUGCUUUAAAUUUAGUUCAGUACAGCUGAGGUUUGAGCCACAGAACUCUGUUUCCUCUUCUCCAUUUACCUGUUUCCCUUCUUAAAAAAACUUCAAAGCAAAUGGCAAUGAGUCUGACAUGUGAUUCCCCCAAAUUUCAGGAUUCAGAGAGAGAGAGAGAGAAAGCGCUUUGCUGUUCAAUGCCCAACUGAAAGGAGAGUUGGGGUUUUUUUUGGGGGGGGUUGCCAAAUUGCUUUAAUUGAUUUUCCAAAUUUCACCACAUCAACCACAAAUUAAGACAAAUUUAAUACAAGUGAACUUACUCACAAAUUAAAAAAAAAUACAAUAAAUCAGUAAUCAUCAUUUGUAAAAUAAAUUACUUUUCAUCCUUCUGCAUGUAUGAAAGGUCAAUAUCCUUUAUUUGAGCAUCCCAAAUUCCCCUCCUAUUUCAGCUGCUGUACAAAGAAGGCAUGCUGGUUCCAGCUGUUACUGGACAGUCAACCUGACAUGGUCAUUCUGCAGUGGUUGUUCAAGGAACAGCACAGUCAGGAUCUCCUAGCCCCCCUCCCCCAAUUAUUCCCCCUACCUUGUUGAAUUUCUUGGGCCACUCAAUGGCUUGGGCCUUCUCCCUCUGUGAUUUACCCUACCUUAUUGAAUUUCUUGUUCCACUCAAUGGCUUCUGGGUUAAUGGUGAACUUUAUGCCAGCAGACGUCUCUCUCCUUAUAUUUCCAAUUUUCACAAGGUCACGAGACUUAUUGGGAGACAUCACCCAGUUCAUAAUAUCGAAGUCCGCUGGUAGCUCCCAGUUCUCAUUCAAGCACAGCCUGCCUCUGGAAGUAUUCAGACACCGGAUUUCUCUUAAGAAAGGGUGAAGCUGGAAUGACAGGGGAAAACACCAGCACUGAGAAACUGGGAAGCUACAACAGGCAAUUAAUCAAGCCAAAAUGGGAAAAACACCUAUGGCCAGGUGGGCUAUCAGCAAAGUACUAUAAAAAAUUACAAGAUUAUUUGGCACAACCACUAAAAGAUUUAAGAUACUUACAUUACACUGAUUCUUAAAAAACGAUACAGAUCUAUUAUCAGUCAAAAAUUAUAGGCUGAUUUCUCUAUUAAAUAAUGACUAUAAGCUGUUUGCAGACCUAUUGGCAAACAACAUGAAAGUGCUAUUAAUGGAUUUACCGGUAAUUCAUCAGGACCAGGCUGAUUUUUUACCAGGCCGCCAGAUGAAGGAUAAUAUAAGGAAUAUAACUGAUAUAAUAGAAGAUCUGGAGGUUAGAAAUGAUAAGCAAGCAGUGUUGAUUUUUAUCGAUGCAGAGAAGGCCUUUGACCAUGUUUCAUGGACUUCUACGAAGAAGACUAUAGAGAUGAUGAAUUUCAGAGAGUCAUUACAGUGGUACCUCAGGUAAAGAACUUAAUUCGUUCUGGAGGUCCGUUCUUCACCUGACACUGUUCUUAACCUGAGGUACUAUUUUAGCUAAUGUGGCCUUCCGUUGCCGCCGCGCGAUUUCUGUUCUCAUCCUGAAGCAAAGUUCUUAACCCGAGGUACUAUUUCUGGGUUGCCAGAGUCUGUAACCUGAAGCAUCUGUAACCCGAGGUACCACUGUACUUAGAGGAAUUGACUCAAUUUAUUCUGACUAACAGGCUAUGAUGAUAGUAAAUAAUGUAAUAACAGAAAAAUUCAAAAUAAUGAAAGGGACAAGACAGGGAUAUCCCCAGUCACCAUUAUUAUUUUAGUUUUAGAGACCCUGGUCAGAAGUAGAAGAUCAGAUGAAGAAAUAAAAGGGAUAACAGUAGGUUAAAGGUAAAGGUAAAGGGACCCCUGAACAUUAGGUCCAGUCGUGACCGACUCUGGGGUUGUGGCACUCAUCUCGCUUUACUGGCCGAGGGAGCCGGUGUACAGCUUCCGGGUCAUGUGGCCAGCAUGACUAAGCCGCUUCUGGCGAACCAGAGCAGCACAUGGAAACGCCGUUUACCUUCCCACCGGAGCAGUACCUAUUUAUCUACUUGCACUUUGACGUGCUUUCGAAUUGCUAGGUUGGCAGGAGCAGGGACCGAGCAAUGGGAGCUCACCCCGUCACGGGGAUUCGAACCGCCGACCUUCUGAUCUGCAAGUCCUAGGCUGUGUGGUUUAACCCACAGCGCCACCCGCGUCCCAACAUUAGGUUACAAAGCAUAUAAACUCAAGGCAUUUGCAGAUGACCAUGUGGUAACUGUAGAAGACCCCAUGGCUAGUAAACCAAGGGUCUUGAACAGAUUCUCAAGUUUGGAGAAGUAGUAGGUUUUAAACUAAAUAAAGGUAGAACUAAAGUAUUGGUGUAAAAUGUGACAGAGCAAUAUAAAAAAGACAAAAAACGGAACUGAUGAUUGAGAAGAAAGUUUAAUAUUUAGGAGUAUGGAUAACAGAUACGAACAUAAAUAUUUUUAAGAAUAACUACACAGGAGCUUGGAGGGAAAUGAAGAAAAACUUAAAUAAAAUAUAUAUAUAUAUAAAAAUAGAGAUAUCUGGAGGGUGGCAGCACGACAACAGGACUUUUCAGUGGUGGCUCCUCGCUUGGGGGAUGCUUUCCCCAGGGAGGCUCACCGGACACCUUUGUGAGAAAUCUUUAGGUGCCAGGUGAGAAAGUUAUUCUGUAACCAGGCUUUGGGUGGAUUAAACCAUCUCUGGGCAUUUUAAUGUGCUUUUGGUUUGCUUGUUUUGUUUCUUUCAUUUGCUUUUUCUAUUCUCAUUUUGUAUUUUUAUUCUGUAAACCACCCUGUGAUCUUCAGAUGAUAGUUGAUAUAUAAACAGAAUAAUACUAAUAUUAUUACUACAGACCCUCCAAAGGUCCAAAUGGCACCCAGUUGAGAAGUGCUGGAACUGAGUUCCAGCGAGUUCCCCCUGAAGAAAGCCCUGGGUAUAAAUAGUAAAAUGAUCGUUAUGGGAUGGGACAUCCCUAUAUUCAUCGGAGACAUGUUGGAAGGUAAGCUACUAAUACUAAUAGUAACUAUGAUAUUUUACAGGUCUAUCCACAGUCAAGAUCAGCAUCUGUGUGGACUGCAGUUUGCAAAAAGGGGAAGGAAAUACCUGCCACGGCUGUAGCCUUUGGGGUCCCCAUUGCUCUCCUUCCUCCACCAUCAGCCUCCUCUGGGAUCUCGAUGAAAGUGAAGCAUGCAAGGCCUGAGCCACAGCUUGAACAUUGAUGUAAGUGCCAUAGCUGUCAUAAGACAGGGCUCUCUCACGCUCCCCUUGGAGCAAUGGCUGCAGUUUCUCCUCCUCUCUGCAUCUUAUCCUGCCUUUCACGGACAACAGAUGCUUUGAAUAUGAACACUGAUAAGCUUCAUCCAAAAAAUCUCCAAGAAAAUUGGUCUGCAAUUUAUAUUUGUCACCUUUGCUGCUCCUUAUUCCAGUCUGAAUUUCAAAGGACAGAGAACCAUGGAGGUGCUGGAAGUAAUUUGGAGGGAAGUAAAAGCCAAUUCUGAUUUCUAGUAAAGCUGUUGUGAUCCAGACUUUCGCCCCUAUUUCCUUCUCAUAGAUAUCGUUUAUUAUCAUGAGUAUUAUGAUAACAUGUGCAUUGGUUAUAUAGGAAACAAAUACCCCAACUUGUCUCCAUAGGAAAACAGGUUCCCCAGGUGUUAUAAAUUCAUCAAAAUAACUUUCUGGUACUUUUUUUGAUAAAGCAAUGCAGAUCCCUUUGCUGAGCAUCAGAGGUUUCACAGCGCUCACAAAUCUUUCUCCACUGUCAUUGUCUGGAGUGCAGAGACCAAUCCACGUCCAUCCAAAAUGCAGGAGCAAUUCAACAAUCCCCUGGUACUGACUUUCCUCUUUGGGACUCAUCCGGUAGACAAAAGGGAACAGGGUUUUACCUUCGAGAACCUGGGCAGUGAAGCCAUAACUGAUCUAGCAAGGAAAGCAAAAGACCAGCAAUUUAAUUUCAUUUCAGCAUAAAAGAUAUUUAAUCAUAUGAAAUGACUGAUAUCUAAAUCUCUGCUGGCUGAGGCUGAUGGGAGUUUUAGUCGGAAACAUCUGGAGGUGUCAAGUUGGUGAAGGCUCAGUUUUGAAAAAGGGAUGUUGGAUCCAUAGCUCAGGAUUUUCCCAUUUUUAAAAAUAUCCCUACUUGACCCCUCCAAAGAGAAAGUAGAAUCUUAUGCAGUUGAAAUUCUAUGUCCUUCCAUGCUCUCCCACUACUUACCUGUGGGAUUUUGUAGAUGCCUGACAAGGCUGAAAUCACUCUUGAGAUGACAGUGUUGCCUCUUUCAAGAACAGCCAGCAGGGGAUUCUGUUCUCCACAGUCAUAAUUGGGAAUAUUGCAUCCACUGCCUGCAAGCAGCUCUAGCAUGGCGUCCGAAGUCAUCCUUGCAUCUAAAUAGUUCUCAUAGAUGUUGUAGCCCAGAGUAAUGUUGGGUAAGAGACUGAGAUCCUGGUUGAUCUCUUGGAUGGUGAACAGGAAAGACAACAUGUACCAGUAGAAAAUAUUUGCCUCCCUGCAAUAAAUGAAUCCUUUAAAAAGAGUUAAACUUAUAUUCAUAUUAAUGGGAGGAAGGAAACAUUAUAUGAUCCACAAAUAUUAGUAUAUAUUAUUUAUUUAUUUAUUUAUUUAUUUAUUCAUCCACUCACCCACCCAUCCAUCCAUCCAUCCAUCCAUCCAUCCUUUUCAAUUAAUAUCAAACCUUUUCCUGUCUAGCAUAGAACAAAAAUUUGGAGACCGCUGCUCCAUGACAGGAGCUUUGAUGCAAACAGCACACAGAGCUGUUUAACAGUGGAACAGACUCCCUCCGAAGGUGACCAUGUGUCAUGGAUGCUUCAGGUGAGAUUCCUCCAGGUCCCUUCCAUCUCUACAACUCUACGAUUCUUUACUACUGUGGUUCUAUGAGUAGGAAAUGAAAGCGGCCCUCAAAAUGUGUGAUAUACUGGGAAGCUGCUCCAUAGGCUGCUUUUGCUGCAGUGGUCUUUGGCGCCUUCCAAGGGGCUAGACUACAGGUAGAUAAGAGACCAUUUUAUUGAAAGAGGGGAAGCACCAAAUACCUCAGUACACUUUUACUUAGAAAUGAGGCCUGGUCACUUUCAGGUUUGAGUGUGUGGUAAAAUUUAUAAUUUUGCCCAUAUUUUGGAUCACUGGCUCCCACCAAUGAGGACACCCCUGGUCUGUAUUAUUUUACAUAAUCAUUUUAUUUGAAGCAUAUCAUUCCUGUUCUUCGCCCAUAAAAAUCCAGCCAUUUUCAGGAGUUUCUUAAAACGCUUCUAAUUUUUUAAAAAAUGACAGAAAGGGGAAAGUGCUGGGAUUGGAGGAGGAAACCUUUAAUGUAGCUGAGACAGAUUUCUCCAUGAUGGGCUGUAGGUCUCCCGUUGCAUUGUGUAAAGAGAACUGUGAUAAGGCUGUUCACAAAUGAUCCCAAUAGAAUAAACAUAAAAUAAUCUUAGCAGCUUGGGAAUUUCUUGAGUUUCAUGCCACCCUCUGGCUUAGGAAGAAACCUCAAACACCUCAAUACUUUGAAAUGAGGCCAGUUGUGUGCGGUCAAAAAAGGAAUAAUUCCUUUUCACAUUUUAGAGAUCUAAGUCCACUUACAAAGAACUCCCCUGACAUAUUAUUUUAUUUAUCCUUUCAAUUAAAGCACAUCUUUCCUUCUGUUCAGCCUCCAAAUGUCACCAAGAGGCUCUUAAAAUUCCAUUUGCAAAACUGUAG